AUUCACCUGCCAAGUUCUACUACUAUUAAACUCGUGACAUCUGGGAACGUCCUGAAUGUUUACGUGUAUCCAUCAGUUGCUGACAAGGGUAAAGUCCAAGGAUUGGGUGGUCAGAUUACUACCGAUGCGUUUAUUGGUCGGGAUAAUUCAGUCUCAACUUAUAAAUGGUCUGGAAUGCCACAGUUUUCAGCAUCUUGGAGGGUUAAAGACUCAUUGCUAAACCUGUUUAAAGACAACGAAAUUGUAAAACUAAUGGGAGCUGGACGUAAUCAGUUUUUAUGCAAGUGCGAUGAAAAUACCCCUGAAAGCAUUUCAUGUAAGGACUCACAGAAAUGCCAACCCCGGGAAAUCUACAAGUAUACACCUACAAAGUGUUGUCAGGUGACUUACAUAGCAAAACGAUCGGUAAGAAACCGUUACCGUGUACCAAGAUCUGCAGGACCAGAACAUGUACACAUCAGCAAGCGACAGGUUGCUGUUCCUGAAUGGAGAAAUGGAUGGACAGAGAGAUCGGCUACAGAUUACUGUACUAGUUUAUUUCAAAAGUCGGCAGCUGUUCAGAUCUGUAACAAUACUGUUGCUACCGAUAUACAGGGACCUCUGGACAACUGUGUUCUCGAUAUCAAGCUGUUGGGAGACACAAGUUUCGCCCAGGUUGCCGUGGAAACUGUAAAAACCUCAUGUUUUCAUGAAGUAAGUUAUGAUACCAGAUUUCAACAAUCAACAACAAACCAAUCAUCCAUUUUUGAUCAGAUUAAAGAAGUAGCCUGUCCUACAGAAUGUUCUCAGCAUGGUAGCUGUAAUCAAGGAGUGUGUACCUGUGAUGAAGGAUAUGGAAGUCUGGAUUGUUCAGUAUGGCUCAAUACCCCACCGACGAUACAUUUCGGAUCUAACUCUAUCGAAUGUAAUUCCACAAAUGACCCCUGUAAUGAAGUUCACCUUUUUGGUGGUGAGUUUGUGAAGUCAGAGACACUUGUAUGCAAAUUUAAAAUUUAUUCGACAAAUCAAAUUCAUAUUAUCGAGAUACCUGUCAAGGCUACAUUUGUGAACCCAGGUGAAAUUAUCUGUACUAGAGAGAUAGACACAGUAAGAGAACAUAUCAUACCUGGAUUUAUCUAUUUGUAUGGUAUUUGUGUUAGUAAUAAUGGUAAAGUCUUCAGUAAAGAGAUAUUGUUGGUUCCUAGCAAUGGUAAUGUUAAGGUUUUCGUCGAAGAGGCAUUGUUUGAGUAUAGCAACUAAAAGGUAUUGCCAACCACUAGGCCUACAACUACAACUAGUUCUACUGUUGAUCGAAAGGGAAUGAUUGAAUUGGGCCCAUAGAACCAAAAGAUUGAAACGUGAACGAAAACAAAAUAUAACGUGGAAAUAAAAAGAAAGACCUAUUAUUUCAUUUUCUUGAUUUUGCCUUCUGUAGUUAAUCGUUAAUUUAGUCUUAUUUGCAUUUGCCUUUUUGUGUUAGUGAUGCAUUAUUCUCCUAUCACGCGUAGUUCUUUAUCUAUCAGUCUAGUUCCACUAAAACCUCCCUGCCACUACUACCAAUCAUUGACUUGACACCAUUACCUGUACGUAGUGUACAAAUAAAUUUAGAGUUCAGUUUAUGCAUACAA